AUGUCUCCUUCCACUGUAAAAUCUCGAUCUGGAAAUUUUAGUGGUUGUAAUAGCCGUAUGGUUUGGUACCAAUACACAACCCUUUAUUCCUAUCCAUUUCUUGCUUCAAAAUAUUUUCUCUAUUUUGGUGCAAAUCUGUUUCCUCUUGAAGUUGCUUUUUUUUUUUCUUUCUUUUUCUCUGCAAAGAUGGUGAGAGGAAAGACAGAAAUGAAGCGUAUAGAGAACGCAACAAGUAGACAAGUAACAUUUUCAAAGAGAAGAAAUGGUUUGAUGAAGAAAGCUUUUGAGUUAUCAGUUUUGUGUGAUGCUGAAAUUGCUCUUAUUGUUUUCUCACCAAGAGGAAGACUUUAUGAAUUUGCAAGUUCAAGGUGUUAA